UGACUAUUACGGUCCUCUUUCAUAUGUAUUUAGACCUGACCGUGUCGCUAAUCUAUUUACGCAAGAUGUUGACAGAUGCCUCACCGUGUGAGACCACGGACAGUGUCAAUGCUGCUACGGUAGAGGACCCCUUGCCCUACUACACUUGUGACACUGGGACACAGUGUAUUUUGAAGCCCCUUGGAAGGUCUCACGGCUCAAUGGCAGCAGUAAAACUGGAGGGUAUCAUCACAAGGACAUCCUUACUGAAGGAUGUUCGACAGCUGUCUCCGCAGCACCAGACUUACUCCUCUGAAGCCUUCCACUCCCUGAUCCUGCACUUCGCGCCCAAGCACACUGGGUUUUCAUACCAUGGCAUGUAUAGCAGGCUUCUCUUAACGGCGCUGCAUUACAACUGUAAUGCGAACAGAGAGACCGCACGAAUAAGCUAUGGUUUGGAGAGGUAUAGCGUGCGAUAUCCACGUUUCAGAAAAGGUGCCUGGGUAGUUGUUCCCAUCAAAGAGAAGGCCUCAUACGGUAGGCAGUGUCAUGCAGUUCUAUCAUAUUUUGACAUUUGCGCACAAGACAUCUGUGACAUCGAUCUUUAUACAGUAUUUUAUCAUUAUUAUCUGCAGGUUAUGCAACGUCAUUAAUCGAGGCCCUUCGGGAGAGCUACAUGGAUUCACCCAAGGCAAGAGGUUCGCCAAAUCCUUCCAACAAAUUCCCAAGGAGGAGGCCGUCAGCCAUCUAGCCCAGCAGUCACGCUACAAAAAAUUGAAUUAGAAUAUUUUUUUUCCCAGACAGGUCCAAUCAUUUAGUUGUGAGUAUGUAUGUAUGUGUAAGUAUAUGUUAUUUUAUUUGGUGGUGGUUUUCUGUAUGCCGCAUGUUUUGUUUUCUCUUUGUGUGCUGUUUAUUGCUUGGGUUUUUUGAUUGUUCCAGGAAGUUUAUUAUAACCCUACAUUUUAACCCCUUGCGCUGACCCUAACAUCUCUGUCGACUAACAUUAUCUCUUGGUUAUUUAUGGCUGUAACCCAUUCAUUCCUUUAUCAGCAUCACCAUGGUUACCGCCUCACUGCAUGUCACAUGUUUUGUUUUUAUUGCUUGGGUUUUUUACUUAGUUGUGUGCACAAAUCAUUCCUUUACAGCUCCAUAAUUCAUAAAAAAAAAAUUAAGAAUCCGAAAGGGACCUCUGGGUGCGCUUUUCUCUUGGAUCACUAUGCGUCU